AUGCAUUCAUACAACUCGCUUGAAAAAGCAGAUACAAGAUGGAAGAUACAAGUAUUAGAAUAUUAUAAAUUAGAAUGUGAACGAGAGUUCAAAAUGGAUGAGGUAGAGAGAAAAUAUCCUUAUGAUUAUUUUAUGCAAGGAUUAUUUCAUCAAGACAUAGAGAAUUUUUAUACUGAAAGGGAAAUUGAGACGGCUAAAAAACAGGUAGAGAUCGAAAGCUAUAUGCUUCGAAAUGGAAUACUCCACGGGCAAGAAAAAGAAAUUGUAAAUUAUAAUAUACAGAAAAUAGCUGAAAAUGUGGUCCCUUGGUGGGAAGAAACCGAUACCUGGAAACUUUCUGAAUUAUUAGAGAAGAACAACCUUUUUAUCUAG